GCACACUUACUUUAAAUUUAACAACAAGUUGCUAACCAUCCAAAUCUUUACAAUGCUGGCGAGACAAUGCAAUUCGGAUGCCCAAACGUUUAGGCCUACUGUGCUGGUGCAUGGUGGAGCUGGCGCAAUACGUGAUGAAAACGUGGCAAACGCCAGGCUUGGCGUGAAAAGAGCGGCCAGCAAAGGCUAUGAGGCACUGCAGCAGACGGGCAGCGUGCUGGAUGCCGUGGAGGAGGCGGUGAGACUCAUGGAAGAGAAUCCCAUGUUCAAUGCAGGCUAUGGAUCCGUGCUGACAUGGGAGGGUGAUGUGGAAAUGGAUGCGUCCAUCAUGCAUGGCGCACAUUUGGAGGCAGGCUGUGUCUCCCUGGCUCGGGACAUUAUGCAUCCCAUAUCGCUGGCUAGGCUGAUUAUGGCGAAGACACCGCAUCUGUAUAUGGCAGGUGAGGGCGCAAUGCGUCUAGCCGCAGCCCAAGGAUUCAAUAUACUGCCCAAGGGUGCGCUGGUCACGGAAAAGGCGCUCAAGCACUUGGAGAUGUUUAAGACCAACUCGAAUCGUACGCAGGGUGGCCAGUUAUAUGGUCCACCCGGCACUGUUGGCGCUGUGGCAAUUGAUGCUUGCGGCAAUGUGGCAGCAGCAACAUCAACAGGCGGCCUAAUGGGCAAACUGCCUGGUCGGAUUGGUGACUCCUCGGUGCUGGGUGCCGGCACGUAUGCAGACAAUGAAUCGGGCGCCAUAUCGGCCACCGGACACGGAGAAACCAUAAUGCGUUUCAAUGUUGCCUCACGCAUAUUGACACUUGUGCAGCACGGCAAUCAGACGAUGCAACAGGCCACGGAGCACGUCUUACAACAGAUGACCAAACGUUUCAAUGAAACAGCGGGCGCAAUUGCCAUUGAUCAUCGGGGGCAGCUGGGCAUAUACUUCACAUCGAGGCGCAUGUCCUGGGCUUAUCAGCAGGCCAACGAGCUGCACUCCGGCAUCGAUGCUGGCGAGGAUGUGGUCGAGAUUGUGGGCGAAGCACCCAAUGUUUAACGUACAUAAGAAAAAUCAGGAACGAUCAGCAUUAUGUUAGGCACGCCAGGAGCUAUAUGAUAUAGUGAUUUGUCCAAGAGCUGAUUAUGCUGAUAAAAUAUAUAUAUUUGUAUUUUGG